CCCGCGCUCCUCCUGCCGGCCGGGGAUUUUCCAGCCUGGGCGCUGUCGCCUCGGACCUCCUGCGGCCGCGGCGGACAUGGGCGACAAAGGGACGCGGGUGUUCAAGAAGGCAAGCCCGAAUGGAAAGCUCACUGUCUAUCUGGGAAAGCGGGACUUUGUGGACCACAUCGACCUCGUGGACCCUGUGGAUGGUGUGGUCCUCGUGGAUCCUGAGUAUCUCAAGGAGAGGAGAGUCUAUGUGACACUGACCUGCGCCUUUCGCUAUGGCCGGGAGGACCUGGAUGUCCUGGGCCUGACCUUUCGCAAGGACCUGUUUGUGGCCAACGUGCAGUCCUUCCCACCAGCCCCUGAGGACAAGAAGGCCCUGACGCGGCUGCAGGAGCGCCUCAUCAAGAAGUUGGGCGAACAUGCCUAUCCUUUCACCUUUGAGAUCCCUCCAAACCUCCCGUGCUCCGUGACAUUGCAGCCGGGGCCUGAAGACACAGGGAAGGCCUGCGGUGUGGACUAUGAAGUCAAAGCCUUCUGUGCCGAGAACCUGGAGGAGAAGAUCCACAAACGGAAUUCUGUGCGCCUGGUUAUCAGGAAGGUUCAGUAUGCCCCCGAGAGGCCUGGCCCCCAGCCCACAGCUGAGACCACCAGACAGUUCCUUAUGUCGGACAAGCCCUUGCAUCUUGAGGCUUCCCUGGACAAGGAGAUCUAUUACCAUGGAGAACCCAUCAGCGUUAACGUCCACGUCACCAACAACACCAACAAGACAGUAAAGAAGAUUAAGAUCUCGGUGCGCCAGUACGCGGACAUCUGCCUUUUUAACACAGCCCAGUACAAGUGCCCCGUGGCCAUGGAAGAGGCCGAUGACACCGUGGCUCCCAGUUCAACCUUCUGCAAGGUCUACACACUGACCCCAUUCCUGGCCAACAACCGAGAGAAGCGGGGCCUCGCUCUGGACGGGAAGCUCAAGCAUGAAGACACGAACUUGGCCUCCAGCACCCUGUUGAGGGAAGGAGCCAACCGGGAAAUCCUGGGCAUCAUUGUUUCCUACAAAGUGAAAGUGAAGCUCGUGGUAUCACGGGGCGGCCUGUUGGGAGACCUUGCAUCCAGUGACGUGGCCGUAGAACUGCCCUUCACCCUAAUGCACCCCAAGCCCAAAGAGGAACCCCCACAUCGUGAAGUUCCAGAGAACGAGGCGCCAGUAGAUACCAAUCUCAUAGAACUUGACACAAAUGAUGAUGACAUCGUGUUUGAGGACUUUGCCCGCCAGAGACUGAAAGGCAUGAAGGACGACAAGGAGGAGGAGGAGGAUGGUACUGGCUCGCCACAGCUCAAUGACAGAUAGACUGGGGCUGGCCCUUCCUCUGGGCAGCUCCAGGUCCGCGUUCAUGCACUAGGAUGCUUAUUCGUCUUCUUCCUGUCCUUAUUACCCCUCCCCCUUGUCCUUCUAGUUCCUUCCGGGGGGUGGGGGGGCCCAGCGGUCUUCCAGGUCAUGGUGGUGAACCUCUGGCCUCAGGAUUGGCCCCACAUCACCACGCCAACAGGGUCACGAGGACCACCUUCCCCCCAUCACCCCACUCAUGGGUCACCCUCCAGACUCUUCUCUUCUCCUGCUGACCCCCAGAAAGGCCAUCCAGGCUCUGGCCUUGGGAUUUUACUUGGGAUGAGGAUCAGAACGGGGAGGGUGGGGCAGAGGGCUCAAGAUACGGGAGAGGAUGCCUGUGGCCCCAGGUGGCUGGCGCAGCUCUGGCAGCUAAAAGAUGACCACGCUGAGGGCCACCCUCUUCUGGCCAUGAGAGGCACACCUGUGGAUUGAUUCUCAAUGCUUUUUACAGUCCAGACCCACCAAACACCUCUCCCCUUCCACCCCUCCAUCCCCGUCCUGUGUCCCUCUGUGUCUCACAGUGACAUUGGUGAAGGUUCACAGACCCCAGGAGUAGAGAAAAACCACUGGACUGACUUUCUUACCAGCAGUAACCCAGUCUAAGGCAAGCUGUGUGAACUAGCCCAAGUCUAAUUCAGUCCUCUCAGGAUGUGACAUCCCAGCUACCUUGUACCUUAUGCAUGUGUCCUAUCUAUACACAUGCACAGAGGGAGAAGGGAGGAGUCUUCGCAAAGCACCAACAGGCCGCAUAGUGAGGCCAAGCUCCUGGGGGCUUUUCCAGAAGGGUGGCUCCGAGAGAUGGGGUUUAGGGGCAGGAAGAUGAGUAUCUGUUCAAUUCCCUCCUUUGCAGACUUAAGAGCAAUCAGUGAUCCCACAGGAAGUAAGGCUGGAGGUCCAGAUGGGGCUGGGGACACCGAUCCGGUCCCCUACUACCUCCCUUCACAGCCCUCCAGGGCUGAGCUGGGCUGGCCCUGCAGGUUGGGAGAGUGUGCGUGGGGGUCAUCACGCCCACAGUCAAAGGGCCUUCUGCCCCAGGAGGUGGCGUGGUCCAUCAAGAUGCCCUCCCCUAAAAGGAAGGGGGCUGCUGGGUAGCAAGGAACCCUUCAUUUCCUUGGGGAUUUAAUGACCCCCCAGUAGGUCCUGGUGUCAUGGAUGCCCGGUACCCACUGGCUGGGGUUGAUGUGAUUGGGGCCUGGGACAGGGCAAGGCAGAUGAUGAGGCAGAAAGUGAUAAAAGGUAUUCGUUCUUGUCUGGUCUUUGAUGCCCACUUACUGUGUGACCUUGGGCAAGUUUCUUUCUCUCUCUGGGCCUCAGUUCUUCACCUAGAAGACCAAAGGGUUUGACCAGAUGAUCACCAAGGGAACUCCCAACUCUGGCCUCCAAGAAUUUGUAAACCUUAGAGCUUCUGGUAUGAUGGGUGAAACCAUCCAGACCACUGACUCUGGUCUCUCUGCCUCCAGAGAUGAUUCAGGGCCCCAGAAUUGGCAGGGCCCUGGAGACCUCCUAGCCCAUCCAUUCCCAGGCCCUUCUUGGGCCAUUGGAGGGUCAUCUGAUGUUAAGCUGUGGCCGUAGCUAGCAUGAGCUGCUUGGCCCUAAGACCCAGUAUUAAAGAAGACAAAGCUUAGAUUUGUUUAUGAUAGUGCCUUGGGUACCUCACAGCUCCCUGUGGCUGCAGACCCCCUAAGGCUCACCGUAUACACAAGCAAAUAUAUUUCUUAGCAGGGCAAGGGGAAUAUCUCCUCCAUACCUGCUCCCUUUUAUCUGUGUCCCAUGCUUGCCUGGAAAAGGAAACAACAAAAUGUUAUUAUGGGGACUCCACCCUUUUCAGGGCAGCUCCUCCUGGGGUGGGCUGGGUAACCAUUCUCCAUGGCGAGAGUGCCCAGUUCACAAGCCCAGCUCAGCACCCUGGCCCUUACCCUUCUGAAUCUCAUGAAGUUGCAAUUCUAGGGAGCCCUACCCCAUGGCAGGCCAAGUCAGCUUGCAGCGGCCAUAAUCUCCUGGCCAGUUCUAGGGUCCUAGGCUGUGGGUACCCCAGGCAUCCAGCCCCUACCAGAACUUGCUGGCAGUUCACACCUCCUUGGACAGUUGAAGAGUUGAUGAAGGGCUGGAACCCAUGCCAAGCAUAUGCUCUCCUGUGUCUUCCCUCUGGGAACUUUGAGGCUGGUACGAGGAUUUGAGGGGAUCACUCCCCUAACAACCGGCCUCUUCCUCCAUCCCUCAGCUGUGCACACGGAUUUGUCACUCUGGUUUCUGGAGCUUCUUCACCUCAACAUCACACUCCCCCUUUCGGAUUUGUCCAUGUCUGACUGAUUCCCCCAGCUGCAGGAAGUACCAUACUCCCAUCUAGACCUUUACACUUUGGGCCCAGGGCUGCAGAAAGGUGGCCUCUGUCCUCAGGAAGCUCACGGUCAGGUGAAAGUUCUAGGGGGAAGAAAUGGGGGCCAUUGGAGUCAGGGGUCCUUGGCUGCUGCUAGUCCAUACAGUGCCUUGAUGUGAAAUAGAAACAGUCCCCUUCCAGGUGGGUUCCGUCCAUUUUAGAAUGCUCAGCUUUGAGAAUGGCACAUAGGCUGGAGUUCAGCCCCACUCGCCCCAGCCGGGUGCAACACAGGCUGGAGUGUUUCCUUGGGUCUCUUCCUGAGAGAAAGACCCAUAUCAUCUUUCAAGGCUUCCGGUUGGCUCCAGACCCCACAGUGUUGGCUCUGUGCUGACCCCAGGGCUCCGCACUGGUACCUCCCAGUGCCCCAUGUGGGUGGCAUAGAGAGAGCAGUCUGGGCAGGAAGGAGAGGCUGGUGCUGGGGGAAAAUCUACAGGCGGAGGCCAGCUGGGCUCCCUCAGCUUUCCAACCACGAGAAGGGUGAAGUCCUGUGAAGAGAAGGGCUGAAUUAUUCGGUCGGCCUCCAUAGGCACACCAGGUGGAGGGUGGGGUUGCUUCAGCUGCUCGGCUUGUCCCUGACAAGCUGGUUCCCACACGGUGCCGUGAAAAGCAUGCUGGCCUGGAAGCCCACGGUGUCUCCAGCCCAGUUGUCACCAACCAGCUGAGUAGCCUUGAGCAAGUCUCUCACCCUCUUGGGCUCAGUUUCCCUAACUAGAAAAUGAGACUGUAAUCCCUUCCCCACCUGAUGCAAGGGAUCUGAAGCCCAGAAGAGACGAGAGUCAGCUCUGUAGCUCCGAGUCACACAGGAAGAUUGCUGCGGGCUGUGUCCUCCUCCCACCGGUCUUCAUCUCUUGCCCCCUUCUCCCUUAGGCAGAUGUCAACCAGGAGGAGAUGCAGUUAGCUUGGCUUUGGUGACCCAGCUGAGAGACAAAUGUGGACACUGCUCAGGAAUGCCUUGCCCACAGAUAGUGGUCCCAGCAAUCAUGACAGAGAGACAAGCCAUGGAUAUUGCCAGUGAUUGGGCUUGGGCAGGGAGCAUCCUGGAUCCUUCCAGGCCUGGUGGACCCCAUCUCCCGUCUUUCAGAUCCCACAGAGGACAGGCUCUGAUCCCAGAUGAGGGAGAGCCACCCACUUCCAGGCCCAGGGAGGGCUGAACUAUCAUUCCAUCAAAGAACCCCAAGGCUGAGGUGGAACAGAAAUUGUCCUUCAAAGU